AAAAACACCCAAAAAAAAAAAAAAAAGGCCUAAAGAAAAAACACAGUUUUGUUCGCUUCCUUCCGUUAUGUUCUGUUUCAAACUCUGUAUCUUGACAUCACAUUCCGUUUCACCACUUCCACUUCCUCAACAAACCAAAAUCUUUUGUUUUUUAUUUUUCUUUUUACAGUCCCUUCUUGAAUUCUGUUUCUUCUCGCGAUUCUUUAUCCCUGGGUGGGUUCUUGAAAGAAUCUUGAGAAAUGGAGGUAGCUUCGGUUUCUGCUUCGGCUUCAACCUCUUCUUCCUCUAAGGUUCGGUUAGUGCGUUGCCCAAAAUGUGGAAAUCUUCUCCCUGAGCUGCCUGAUUUCUCCGUCUACCAAUGCGGCGGUUGCGGCGCCGUGCUCAGAGCGAAAAAGAAAGGGACUUUGGAGGAUGGAAUCCCAGAGAUUUCUGAUGUUGAGAAUAAUAGAGGGGUUUCUAGUAAAGGGGGAAUUGAUAUGGGUUUAGGAAGUGUUUGUGAAACUGAUGAGGUGGGAUCAGAGAAUAAAGAAUCUUUGUCUAGGAACCAUGAUCCGAUUUCGGUUCUUGAGAACAAUUCUUGUAAAGGUGAUCGGGUUCUCCAGGAUGAUGGUCGGGAAUGUGGUGAUUCUGGUGUUGGGAAUGAACCGAAAGAGACGAGGCCUUCUAUGGAGUCGUUUAGGUCUGGGCCUGUUAUUGACGGGAGGGGUGGGGAGAGGAAAAAGUUCGGAGAAUCAUAUGGAGAUGAUGCUAGUAGACGAGCUGCGAGGCAGGUGAGGUUUAUGGAUUUUCCUUAUUCGGAUGAGGGGCCUUCGAAGUAUGGCUCGGGCUCGUAUUAUGCUGCUAGUGAGCGUAGGAAGUACUACGAUGGUUUGGACGGGUUUGCUCGAGUUGCAAAUCUCGAGAACGAUAGAGCGGAGCUGCUAAGGAAGAUUGAUGAACUGAAGGACCAACUUAGCCGAAAUUGUGAUGUUGGAGAGAAGCCUAAAGAGAGAAUUGCCACCGAGCAAAGGACGGCCCCGAUUCCAUCUGAUCCUUAUGCUAGGCACAACACGUAUUUGCAAGGGUCGUUUGGUGCAAACAAGCAACCCCUCGGGCAAGGUCACCGUGUAGGCUUACCGUACGUAUAUGAUGAUCAAGUAAGCGUUCCUUAUAAUGGUCGACAUGGUUCAAUGAUGCAAGAUUCUUACCCUCCUCCGAUGCACUUUAGGAAUGGAACUCUAGGGUAUGAAAAUGCGUUUAUAGAUGAAAUAAUCCGAAAGCCUCCUCAUCGCUCGUAUUCGCAUUUAACUCAAAUGUAUCACGAUCAAUAUCCCGGUCCCGGUCCCGGUCCUUCAGAUUUCGCUUCGGAUCUCUUUAGGUCACACCCACACGAAAGCCAUUUUCACCAUCCCACGUGCUCGUGUUUGCACUGCAUAACCCUAAAACGGGAAGUACCUCCCGGGAUCCAACCUGCUGGUUUCGGGGGUCGAAGGCCACGAAAUGACCCUUCCAAUCCCAUUUUGUAUCAGCACAAAAAUGGGUAUACUUCUGAAGGCUCGAUUCAUCCUAAUACGAAGUGGCUCACGAGAAGUUCGAGUGACUUGAAUCGAGAAAAUUGUGGUCUUGGUCUUCAUCGCCAUCCAAGAAAGGUGUUCAUUGGUAGUGGGAAGGUUUGUAGAGCUAUAGCGGGUGGUGCCCCUUUCGUACUGUGCUACAACUGCUUCGAGCUGCUGAAACUCCCGCAAAAAGUUGGGAUGGUCGGGAAAGAGCAGAACAAAAUAAGAUGCGGGGCGUGUUCUUCCAUCAUUCUGCUCGAACUUAGUAGCACGGGCAUUGCUUUAUCAGCCCCGACGCAAAUUAAACAAGUACUGGUCGACGAAUCGAUUGACAUGCCAAACAAGCGGUUUCGAAGCUCUAGUGGUUGCAUUAGCCCCUCCUCUGACGAUUACGGUGACCCUAACUUCAAGUACGAGUUCCCGGAUACAAAGGUGGAACCGUUUCCAAUCUGCCCAAAACCAACCUUUUGCGAAUCCGGGAAAAGGCACGGGGCUCAUUCGUUGUCAUCUAGUUUCUCAGAACACGAGAAAAGCCCCGGGAGUGGUAUUGCUAGAAAAGAGUAUUCUUUCUCUGCUGAGCUGCACAUCAAAGACGACGAGUCUCUACUACUCCCCGAUUCACCUCUCCAUCACAAUUAUCUCUCUUCAGACGAUGUGGCAACUAAAACCAAACCUACAGAUCGAAAGAUUAUCGACGGGUGGACCUCUCGGCAUAAUUCUGUGAAAGAUGCGUGUGUGGCAACUGAGAUAGAUAUACCAAUGAGUGAAUUUGUAAAUGGUGGUGUUUCUCAAGAAUCCACCGAGGUAAGCAAGGAGGAAGAUCGACAGAAUAGUAAACGGGGGAACGAAUCCUUCAUCGUCGGUCUCUUUAAAAGGGGGUUUGGAGAAUUAUCGAGGUCGGGCCAGAAUUCCGAAAACCGGAGAUCAAGUGUGUUCGUAAAUGGGCAACUUAUACCAGGCCGUGUUCUUAGAAAGGCGGAAAAGUUAGCAGGGCCUAUUCAGCCUGGAGAUUACUGGUAUGACCCCAGAGCGGGGUUUUGGGGUGUGAUGGGCCAUCCUUGUCUAGGAAUCAUUUUGCCGAAUAUUGAAGAGCUCAAUUACCCCAUGCCGAAAAAUUGUGCUGCUGGGAACACCGGGGUGUUUGUGAAUGGGCGCGAGCUUCACGAGAAGGAUUUAGAUCUGCUUGUUAGCCGAGGCCUUCCACUAACGAGAAACAAGUCAUAUCAAGUUGAGAUAUCGGGAAAAGUUGUUGACGAGCAAACUGGUGAAGAGCUAGACGGGCUUGGCAAACUUGCCCCGACAGUUGAAAGAGUAGGGCAUGGAUUUGGCAUGAAAAUCCCCAAAUUACUUGCAGAGGAAUCACAUUAAGUGGAAUCUUUGUUGUGAGAAUCUCUCUGUGAAAGCUAUGAUCUUGACCCUGCAGAUAUGCCAUAUGCAGUUUGGAAAUUAUAGUUGUAUUUUAAACCAACCCCCCCCCCCCC